UGUAGGUUGGUGGCGGAAAUGCCUGGCUACGGACCGUCUCAAGUAAAGUGUGAGCCGCUGUCUGACGAAGAGGAUUCGCAGUUUGGAAAACACUAUAAUACAGAACUGCUUCCAAUUAAAAUAGAUCCAGAUUCACAAUUCGAUGACAAUGUUACAACACAUUUAUUGGAUCAAUUACAGUUUACCUCAGAGCUGGUGCCUGUUCCCGCGGCUCCAACAGCCACUCCAGUCCGGGAAGACCUUCCAGCACCCCACGAGACCUCCCUUGCGAUGUUGCAACCAGCUAAGAAUACCACUUUGGGUUCAGCAUUAAUAGAUAAACACAUGUCCAUGUCCUGUACAAAUGAAAUUCUGGAUACAUCUGAUUUUGCUCCACUUCUGUCUAUUAAAGAUGAACCGCUAUCUGAAGGAGAAAGCCAACAAUUAAGUGGAGAUGAAACAAGUGAAUGCAGCAGUAUUCCAGAAGUUAGCAGUAGAGGUGCUCCAAAGACCUGGUCGCAAAAGGACAUGGAAAAAGCUCUGGAUGCCUUGAAAAAUCACAACAUGAGCCUGACUAAAGCUUCAGCCACAUAUGGCAUACCAUCUACAACACUAUGGCAACGUGCGCAUCGUUUGGGUAUCGAUACGCCAAAGAAGGAAGGAGCUUCUAAGACUUGGAGUGAAGAAGAUCUGAAGGGAGCUUUGCAGGCUUUGCGGACUGGGGCUAUAUCAGCUAAUAAAGCUAGUAAAGCAUACGGUAUACCCAGCAGCACGCUAUACAAGAUAGCGCGCCGCGAGGGCAUCCGCCUGGCCGCGCCAUUCAACGCGGCGCCGACCGCGUGGCGCCGCGCCGACCUGCAGCGCGCGCUCGACGCCAUCCGCUGCGGCGCCGCGUCCGUGCAGCGCGCGGCUUCGCGAUACGGGAUACCUACGGGUACUCUCUACGGUCGGUGCAAGCGAGAAGGCAUCGAGCUAUCCCGCUCUAACCCCACACCAUGGUCAGAGGACGCGAUGGGAGAAGCGCUGGAAGCUGUCAGAGUGGGCCAAAUGUCAAUAAACCAGGCAGCCAUUCACUACAAUCUGCCGUAUUCCUCGCUGUACGGCCGCUUCAAGAGGUGCAAAUAUCAGGUGCUUCAGGACCCACAAACACUACCAGAAAACAAACCGGAAGAGCAUUCAGAGAUUCAAAACCAAGAAUUCCAUUACCCGACCCUUAACUACGAUUCCGAGUACAUGGGCGAGGUAUCUUCAAUGCAAAGUCUGCAGGAGCACUACAGCCAGGCAAUGUACUACGCGCAGUGCAAUGUUACCAGCUGAGCCCUCACUCCCCAUUAUUGUGGGGAACAAUGACAUCGUGGAUAUUGAAUCUUUUUACUUUUUCUUUUUAUUGAAAUAAGAUUGAUUUUUGAAAAUUUGUGUUAUUUUGUGUAUAUUUUUCGUAUUUUGAAAUGUUUUGGAGGUUAAACAUUGAACAAAAUAUGAUAAUCUAUUUUCUUUAUGUUUUUUUUCAGACUUGAUUUGUAUUUUGCACAAAAAUGUAUUAAAGUUGACCUAAAUCGAAAUUAGUAUAACAUUGUUAAGUUGAAAGCUGCAGCGAAAAUAUGUUGUUUUGAUCACAUUAAAAUUCAGUGAUUUAUUUUCAUCUCGUUAUUUUAAAUAUGUUACGUUACAUAUAUAGUCUGUAAUUUUUUUCUAAUAUUCCUCUUUUUCAUUUAGUUGUUGUCGAGAAGUCAAACAAGCAUUUUUAAUUAUAAAUAAAUUGUCAAGUUAGGUACAAUAAUUGCUCAGUAUUGUAACAAUGUUAAGUGUAAGUGUAAAGCGGGUUAGUGAAUUAGUUAUUAGUGAUUCAAUUUAAGAAAAUAUGCACUAAAAGGAUAAUAAAUAAUUAAUUUUUAAUGUUGAUGUACGCUCAUAAUACUUAUUUCCCGCAAUUUGACUGAUAUGAUGAUGAUGAAAAUGCAUUCAAAACCCAUAUCCAUAAUCCAUACAGAUUAACAAAAUUAUAUGUUUUUUAGUAAAUGUAAAACUUUAACAAUUUUUACAUGGAAAUUGGCAUAAAAAGCUUAAUCAAUACCUUGGAAGAAACAAUAAUUUUUUAGUGUAACAUUAAAAAAAAUUAAAAGGCAACACAGAUGUCAUAAAUAUACAAGAUGGCGGCGAUUAGUUCCGAUUUCAACCGCGCUAAUUUAUGUAUUUGUCGACGUUUUGGCGUAGAAAAUUCAAAAUACAUGCUAGAAAUAAUAUUGUUUAGAAACUACAAAUUACAUUUAAACUUUUAGGUAACCCCUUUUUAGAAAAUGUUAGUCAACGUAUAUUUUAAUCUAACCUAGCAACUAAUACAAAAUACGUAAUUCGUAGAAUUUAAUAAAUAAUAAUAUAAUAGCAAUAUUAGAUAAAUAGAUAAUAGAUUUAAUAUUAAUAUCAAGUUCAGUUACUUUCAUAACAAUUUUUACAUACUGUUACAAUAGUCAAAUAUAUUUUUGCAUACCAUUUUUACACAUUUCUCUAAUAGACAAACUUAAUCCGUGCCAUUAACAAAAUAUAAAAUAGCAAAACGUCCAUAUUCAACACUUCAAUUAUAAUAAUUCCAAAUACUUACCAUGUGUAAUUAAUUUUAGUAUGUAAUUGUAGUUUUUAUAUUAAAUAAUAUACUUACAUA